ACAACCGUGAAAUCACCCGCCAUCUCUAAUGAAAAACUAUCACCACUAGUGCUCCAGUAUCUUUAGAUAAAUAUAGAAGACCAGUCUUCAUGAUAGUCUGUGGGUUGGAAGUCACUGUGCUGCACUUCCCAUUGUACUAUUGAGCUACUGACAGCCACAAACUCCCAGAGAAUUGUGAAAAAUGGAAGAUGAUACAACAGACACAGAAAAUGAAGAGGAAGAGAAUGAAGAGGAAUAUGGAAAGGACCCAAAUGAGCUGCCUUAUGGUAUCAUGCCCACCACAAACUUUCGUGAUGAGCGCAAGGUUGAUUUAGCUGAAACUCCAGCUUUCAUUUUUCUGAAUGAGUUAUAUGCUUCGGGAAAACUUCCUGGAACCAGAAUGGCAGAGUUAAAAGCCAAGUACAUUUUGCUGCACGAAACUGUGAUAAGCACGCAGGAGUCUGAGGUUCAGCUGCUGCAGGAUGCCAAGAGGUACACUAAGCAGAUCCAGGAUCAGCAGUUCCACCUGCAGCAAGCCGACGCUUUCCCAGAAGCCUUCUCCACCGAGGUCUCCAAAAUGAGAGAACAGCUGCUCAAGUAUCAGAAUGAAUUCAACGCAGUGAAGGAGAGAGAGUUCCAUAAUCAGUACAGAUUAAAUAGCUUAAAGGAAGAAAAGAGCCUCAUACAAAAGGAAUUUGAGAGGAUACCUAAGCCAGGAGAAAUGGAAAAGAAGAUGAGAAUUCUGAGAGAAGCUACUGAAGAAUUGCGUAAGGAAGUAAUGCAGAAGAAAUUAGAAAUUAAAAACUUACGGGAGGAUUUGCUAUCUAAGCAAAAGCAAUUAGUAAAGGAGCAGAAAGAGCUCAAAGAAUUGUUAGACUAUCAGCUUGUUUUAAAGGAUGAAGUGAUCCACUGUCAAGCCAUCCCUGUGCAAAUUGUGAAAGAAAUAGAAAAGAUAUCACGCAGAAAAUUAGAAAUGGAAAAGAAAAAGGUUGCCUUGGAACAAGAAGUCAAAGAGCUAAAUGAUUCCCUAAAGAAAAUUGAAAACAAAGCUAGUUCUGUAGUGGAAGAGAAGGAGGAGGUAAUAAAGGAAGUUGAAGGCAAACGAGCCUUACUUGAAUUUAAAGAGCGAGAAUUUAGCCAAUUGAUCAAGCAAGCCGAAUUAACCAGGGAGAAUGAAGCAGCUUCGCUAUCUGAAAGAGGACUUUUGGAUAUCAAUUUACGGAACAGUCUCAUUGACAAGCAGAAUUACCAUGAUGAACUUUCUCGAAAGCAAAGAGAGAAAGAACGAGAUUUUCGAAAUUUGAAAAAAAUGGAACUACUCUUGAAAGUAUCUUCAGAUGCACUCACUCAAACUCAAGCCCUGCAUCAAAGGCUUGUACUGGAGAUGGAUGCUAUUCCUAAAGAUGAUGCUCUAUUACCUGAGAGAAGGAGAGAUCUCCAGAAGGAAGUUGAAAUGGCUAAGAGGAAUUUGGCCCAGCAGAAAAUUCUAUCAGAAGGUGAGACCAAGUUAGUAGAACAGCAAAUUGCAGAAGAAAGCAAGCUUAUGAAGGAGCAAGAAAACAUGCGAGACCUGGUAUUCACCCUGAUCCGGAUGACACAAAUCAAAAUUGAUGAGAGGGAGCAGAAGUCCAAGGAUUUCCUGAAAGCCCAGCAAAAAUGCAGCAACAUUAUGAAAGAAAUCAAAUCCAAAGAUCUUGAAAUCAGGAUAAACAAGAAGAAAAAACACGAAAUUCACCGGAGACUUGGAGAGUUUGCUAAAUUAUAUGACACCAUUCGAAAUGAAAGGAACAAAUUUGUGAACCUGCUUCACAAAUCUCAGCAGAAAGUAAAUGAAAUAAGAGAACGGUACAAAAUGUCAUUAAAUGAACUGGAAAUUUUAAGAAAUAGUGCAGUCGUUCAAGAAAGAAAGCUACAAAACGCCAUGUUGAAACAUGCGAACAAUCUCACUAUCCGAGAGAGCAUGCAAAAUGAUGUAUACAAAAUCGUGGCAAAACUGCAGGAAAUGAAAGAAAAGAAGGAAGCGCACUUAAACAGCAUGGACAGACUUGCCAGCAUGAUCACCACCAUAGAAGAAGAGAUGGUACAGCUUCGCAAAAAGUAUGAGAGAGCUGUUCAGAGGCGAAAUGAAAGUGGCAUUCAGCUGAUAGAGCGGGAAGAAGAAGUGUGCAUUUUCUAUGAAAAAAUAAAUAUCCAAGAGAAGAUGAAACUCAGAGGGGAUAUUGAGAUCCAUAUACUGGAGGAAAAGAUCCGAUUUCUGAAGCUGAAGAUUGCUGAGAAGCAAAGACAGAUUUGUGUGACACGGAAAUUAGUGCCAGUCAAGAAGUCCUUAGAUGCUGACCUGGCUGUACUCCAGAUUCAGUUUUCCCAGUGUACAGACAAAAUAAAAGACCUGGAGAAACAGUUUAUAAAUCCUGAUGGUAAGAACAGAGCCCGUCUCCUUACGGGAAAGGAUCUGACCGAAAAACAAAUGAUCAAGAAAUUGGAUGAGAUGGAACUGCGGCUGGCUAAGAAGGAAGAGAAGUUACUAGAAAACAAUUUCAUCUAUGAACAAGUGUCUCGACUCACAGACAGACUUCACAACAAAACUGAGGCCUGCAAACAGGACACACUGAUCCUAGCCAAGAAGAUGAAUGGCUACCAAAAAAGGAUCAAAGACACUACUAAAAAAAUGAUGGCUCUUGUUGCUGAGCUGUCCAUGAAACAAGCCCUGACUAUUGAACUCCAAAAGGAAGUCAGAGAGAAAGAGGAAUUCAUCUUCACCUGUACCUCCAGGAUAGAGAAAGGUCUGCCACUUAAUAAACAGAUUGAAAGAGAAUGGCUGAAAGUCCUUCGAGAUGAAGAAAUGCACCUGUUGUCCACCACUGAGUCAUCUCGGGAGUUGUUUGAAACAGAGACUCGCCUGCUGCCCAGUGGCGUGUACACAACCGCAGAGCAGCGUCCAAAUGCCUACAUCCCCAAUGCAGAGGCCAUACUUCCGCUGCCAAAACCAUACGGCUCCCUGGCUCCUUUCAAGCCUAGUGAGCCUGGAGCCAACAUGAGGCACAUCAGAAAACCAGUUAUAAAGCAAAUCGAGAUCUGAAUAUGUGAGCCAACCCCCGCUUCCAAAAGACAGGACUUCUCCAGGCUCCCUCACACCUAUGGCCAGACAACGUGAGCACAACUGUGCUAAGCACUACAGAUCCAUAAGGGACCACAGCCAACCACAGAGUGCCACAGCGUUCCUCUGACACGCACGACCUACAUCCCACAUGACAUUCCGUGGGACACAGGAUGCUCCCACAAGUAUGUCAAUGCAUCUGUUUCAAUUGCUCAUUUAUUUCUUUCUAGUGAUUACAUUUCAGAAAUACAUAGUAAGCCAAGUGCUGUAACUGUAAAAAAUAAAUAACUU